AUAUUAUGUAUUUUAUUUUUAAUGAGCUUAUGGUCUUGGUUCUAUACACAGUUACAAAAUAGAGAAAAACACGGGCGACUUAGAAUUGGAGAUCGGAAUAAUAAUUAGGCUUGAACGUUCGGGUAUGUUCGAGUUCAAAUCGUAUAUUUGAGAUUUUCAUAUUUUUGGAUUUAGAUCGGAUAUAAGACCAUUUCGGGUAUUUUAAAAUUUUGGAUACGGGUUCAGAUCGGAUUUUUCGAAUCGGAUCUUCGGAAGUUUACCACCAAAAACAAGUGAUUCACUGCCUAGAUCUAGUCUCUAGAUUGAAUCCGGAAGUUUAUCACCGGAAACAAGCGAUUCACUGCCUAGAUCUAGUCUCUAGAUUGGAUCCGGAAAUUUACCACCUAAAACAAGCAAUUCACUGCUAGCACCGUCGAUCACAAGCGCGGCCACUUUCCGAGGUCGAACUCGUUUAUCAAGGAUCUGGAUAUGUUACCAAAACAAGGUCGCUUUAUUCAGAUCUGAAGAAACAAGAAGAAGAAACAUAGUUCAACUGUUAAAGUCUCUGUUUCAAAUAUGUCUUCUUCAACAACAACAGAUUCUGCAGAGUUGCAAAAUCUGAUCCAACGGUUUCAAAAUUACAACAAACCUCAUCUUCUCCCACAUUUUCCUGCAAAAUCUUCAGCUGUCUUAGUUUGUCUAUACCAAGAACAAAGAGAAGACAAAGACGAGCUACGCGUAAUCUUAACCAAACGCUCCUCUACUCUCUCUUCUCAUCCUGGGGAAGUAGCAUUGCCUGGAGGAAAAAGAGACGAAGAAGAUUCAGAUGAUAUAGCUACUGCCUUGAGAGAAGCUCGUGAAGAAAUCGGUCUAGAUCCUUCUCUUGUUACAAUCAUUUCUGUUCUUGAACCAUUUGUUAACAAGAAGGGAAUGUCUGUUGUACCAGUUAUAGGAUUUCUACUCGAUAAGAAAGCGUUUAGACCAAUACCAAAUCCAGCUGAAGUAGAAGAAAUCUUCGAUGUUCCGUUAGAGAUGUUCCUCAAGGAUAAGAACAGGCGAGCGGAGAAACGAGAGUAUGAAGGACAUAAAUAUCUUCUUCAGUACUUUGAUUACUAUUCCGAAGAUAAAGAAAUAAGCUUUAUCAUAUGGGCACUCACUGCUGGUAUUCUCAUCAGAGUUGCCUCCAUUGUUUAUCAGAGAUUACCAGAGUUUCAAGAACGUAAGCCAAGAUUCUGGAAUCAGCCCAAUUGAUUCUUGAAAAAAAAAAACAAAACUUUUCAUG